AAAUAAUUUGGGGGACCCAAAAUUUAAUUUUGAAGAUUGAGGACCAUAAUUGAAAAUUUCUCAAAAACUAACAUUCAUCUCUUUCCCUCUUUAUUUGUGGAACAAACACGAAUCUCACUCUCAUAUGCGUAGACCCAUCAAGAAUCAACUAUAACGACUGAGUGAAAAGGUGCUAAGAACAUUUUCAAUCUUUGUUCUCUCUGUGCAUAUUCUAUCACCACCUCCACAUCUCUUUAUACUGUAAUGUCAUCUGAUUGUCACUUACUAUGAAUACUGUAGUUCUUGAAUAGAUCGUUUAUUUUGUCAAUUGGGUUCAAUUCUGCGAAACAGAACGUUUCAAUUUUGUGGGGGUAAUGGCGGGAAAUGUAACCGUUGAGGACGUCUUCACUAUUUUCAAAGGCCGUCGAGCUGGCCUUAUCAAAGCUUUCACCACCGAUGCUGAGAAAUUUUACGAGCAGUGCAAUCCUGGAAAGGAGAAACUCUGUCUCUUUGGAUAUCCAAAUGAAACAUGGGAAGUAAAGCCUCCUGAUGAGACGUUGCCUCCUGCAGUUCCCGAGCCGAUUAUUGGUAUUAACUUUGCCAGAGAUAAGAUGCAAGAAAAGGAGUGGUUUUCAAAAGUUGCAAUUCUCAGUGAUGGAUGGCUACUGUCUCUUGCAUUCUGCUAUGCUUCUGCCUUUAAAUUUGGUAAGAGUGAAAGGAAUAAGCUAUUCCAGAUGAUUAAUGAUCUUCCAACGAUGGCUGAAGUUGUAACUGAAGCUGGGAAGCCAGCAAAAGACAUGACAGCUUCUGCUUCUGCUUCUGCUUCUGCUGCUGCUCCUGAUAACAGCAAGAACAGAUCCAGAGGGAAAACGUCCCUGCAGUUGAAACCCCCUGAAAAGGCGCUUAACAUGUUUACAAGUUACCAAAGAAGAGGUGAAGAUUAG